CUCAAGCUGACAAGACUCCGUUGCCUUCAGAGUAGACUGAGAUUAGACGCGACAUACAGUACCACCCACUCACUCCAGUGCGAUGCCCCACUAUUGAGUCGCACUCUUAGCUGCGGUGUACGCGACAAGGUGACAACUAGUGCACCAUCACGACAGAAAUCUUGGGGGCAGCAACAUCAGCCACAUUUGUCAAAAUGUCGAGGAAAGCACCAAAAGGCGAAUGGAUCGAGACGGACACCGGCAACAAGGUCAACCGUAAGGCCACCCUCAUCGGGACACAGCACAUCAUGCUUGGCGGCAAGACCGUCAUCAUGCCCGAUGCCAUGAUCCGUGGUGAUCUCGCCCGCACAGCUACGCCUGGAACUGGUAAUGCACCCGGUAGCAACACCUCCGUAUUCAUUGGGCGCUACUGCUUUUUGAGCAAAGGGUGCUGUCUGCGCCCACCAGGACGCAUCUACAAGGGCGCUUUCACAUUCAUGCCACUCCGGCUCGGCGAUCACGUCUACAUCGGAGAGGGCACUGUCGUUCAAGCAGCCACGGUGGGCAGUCACGUGCACAUCGGCAGCGACGUUGCGGUCGGCGAGUUCGCCAUCAUCAAGGAUUAUGUCCGGAUACUGGAUGGAACCAUCAUCCCGGCCAACAUGGUCAUCCCCAGCUUCAGUAUAGUUGCGGGCCAGCCAGCUCGCAUUGUAGGCGAAGUGCCUGAGGGUGGACAUGAAGCCUUUGAGUUGAGGGAUUUGUACAAGACGGUCAAAACUACUGCAACGCCUGCUAUUACUUGAGUCAUACUGCAGAACAACUGUUCGGUUUCUUUUGAAGCAUGGCGUUAGGAGUUUGAAGCAUGGAUGUUCGAAAAAAGACGCGCUUUGCUCACAAGCAUGUAGACCCAGGCUUGAACUAUGGACGAGUGUAGACUUCGAAAACAAACAAUGUCUUUCAAGUCUGUGGUCCUGAUGAGAAAUUUGUUUCUUUGUUGUGGACAAAGUAGAGCGAGAGACAAAGCAAUAACGAAUGGCAUUGCUCAGUAACGAGAUAAGAGCGAGCCAGUUUUUAUACCAGCCAGAAGGUCUCUGAAUAAAAGAAAUCAUAAGCACCAUACCUCGCAACUCAAUCGUAUUCUAACUUGCAAGAGCUAAUUCAUCUCCGUUUAGAUA